AUGCUUCGUGCAUUAGACCAGGGGCGCUGUAAAGGGGGGAACCUCCUGGCAGCUGCUGAUUAUCUCAGUGUCUUGGGCAUCGUGCAGCGCUGCUGUGAUUUCCUGCAUGAGCAGCUCUGCCUCAACAACUGCAUUGGCCUUCUUAAAAUCGCCGAUGUCUACUGCGUAAACGAGCUGCACCAGUCUGCAUUCAACUUAAUCUUGAAAAACUUCAAGGAGGUUGCCAUCAGCUCAAAUGAGUUCCCAGAACUAAGUCUUGAACAACUUUCUGACAUCAUCGAGCAGGAUGAGCUUAAUGUCAGAGAAGAGGAUGUAGUGUUUGAGGCCAUCCUCCGGUGGAUCGAGCACGAGCCUGCCACCCGAGAGGCCCACAUUUCAGUCCUAUUGGCCAAGAUUCGGAUGGCUCGUAUGGAUCCGGAAUACUUCAUGAAAAUCGUCAAAGCCAACGAUCUAGUGAAGGCCAAUGUGGCGUGCAGGCCAAUCAUCACUGAUGUACUGAAGGUCAUCUAUGAUCUUCAUGAUGAACGUCCACGAUCUGAUUUUGAGAACCCACUGAUCCGCCCGCGCUUGCCCUCUGACAUUUUGCUGGCUGUUGGUGGAUGGAACAUGCGCACGACAAACUGGAUUGAAGCCUAUGACACCCGGGCCGACCGCUGGGUGGAUAUAACACAGGGGCAGGAGACUCGCCAGUCCGGCCAUGGCAGUGUGUGUUUAAAUGGCUUCAUGUAUUGUUUUGGGGGUUAUGAUGGCCAUAAUUUCACCGAUGCUGUGCUCAGAUUUGACCCCGUCGCACGGACAUGGCAGCACAUGGCCCCUAUGCACUGGCGCCGCUGUUGUGUCAGUGUGGCCGUAAGUAACGGCUUCAUCUAUGUGAUGGGUGGCCGUUUAGACGUGUCGCCUCUGAAUAUCGUAGAGCGAUAUGACCCAAAUGCCAAUGAGUGGACCAUCAUCCAGCCCAUGAACGAGGAGCGACAGGAUGUGGGCGGUACCAACGGGGCUCAUCCAGUGCGGACUAUGGAGGUCUAUGACCCUGCAAUUAACCAGUGGCACGCUGGGCCUCCCAUGAGACAACAAAGAAGCUAUUUCGGCAUCGCAGUGGUGGACGGCUUGCUGUUUGCGAUGGGAGGCUCCGAUGGCUUCAAAGACAGAUCAGCCACUCUAUUAGGAACAUUACGCUUUUUGGUUGCGGCUGAUUAUCUCAGUGUCUUGGGCAUCGUGCAGCGCUGCUAUGAUUUCCUGCAUGAGCAGCUCUGCCUCAACAACUGCAUUGGCCUUCUUAAAAUCGCCGAUGUCUACUGCGUAAACGAGCUGCACCAGUCUGCAUUCAACUUCAUCUUGAAAAACUUUAAGGAGGUUGCCAUCAGCUCAAACGAGUUCCCAGAACUAAGUCUUGAACAACUUUCUGACAUCAUACAGCAGGAUGAGCUGAAUGUCAGAGAAGAGGAUGUGGUGUUUGACGCCAUCCUCCGGUGGAUCGAGCACGAGCCUGCCACCCGAGAGGCCCACAUUUCAGCUCUGUUGCCCAAGAUUCGGAUGGCUCGUAUGGAUCCGGAGUACUUUAUGAAGAUCGUCAAAGCCAACGAUCUGGUGAAGGCCAAUGCGGCGUGCAGGCCAAUUAUCACUGAUGUCAUGAAGGUCAUCUAUGAUCUUCAUGAUGAAAGUCCACUCUCUGAUUUUGAGAACCCACUGAUCCGCCCGCGCUUGCCCUCUGACAUUUUGCUGGCUGUUGGUGGAUGGAACAUGCACACGACAAACUGCAUCGACGCAUAUGACACACGGGCCGACCGCUGGGUGGAUAUCACGCAGGAGGAGCAGAGCAACCUAGCUGGUCAUGGCACGGUGUACCAUGAUGGGUUUGUGUACUGCAUUGGGGGGUUUGAUGGGCAAAACUUUAUCGAUACCGUGCGCAGAUACGACCCGAUCACACGAGCAUGGCAGCAGAUGGCCCCAAUACACUGGCAACGCUGUAAUGUUAGUGUGGUCGUGCUCGAUGGGCUCAUCUAUGCCAUGGGUGGCCAUAUUGGUUUCUGGCCCCUCGACAUCGUAGAGUGCUACAACCCAAAAACCAAUGAAUGGACCCAGAUCGAGUCCAUGAAUGAGAGGAGAAACGAUGCCAGCGCCACCACCCUGAAUGGCAAGAUAUACAUCUGUGGGGGCCACAAUGGAACAGAGAGCCUAUCUACAGUGGAGUGCUUUGACCCCCUCACUAACGAAUGGAGCUUGAUCACUCCAAUGAGCACUCCCCGUCACAGCCUUGGAGUCACGGCGUAUAAAGGGAAGAUAUAUGCGGUGGGCGGUAUCAACAGGCCUGAUCACCUGCAGACCAUGGAGGUCUAUGACCCUACCACAAACCGCUGGCAUGCUGUGGCCCCCAUGUCCACACCGCGCAGUGAGUUUGGCAUCGCAGUGGUGGACGACCUCCUAUUUGUGAUGGGCGGCCACGAUGGGUUUGGGGUAACUAACAAGGUGGAGUGCUAUGAUGCGGGGACAGGCAGCUGGUAUCGUGCGCAGGACAUGAGCCGAGCCAGACAGCAUUUCAGCUGCUGCGUAGUGCCUGCGCACCCCCGCAUCAUAGAAUACGCUUCACCUCGUUAGUCCCUAAUGGCCGCCAAGGAGGAGAGAAACCCAUCUGCCCACAACAGCAUGCCCAACUCUGCUUCCUCAUUGGAAGGUGUGUUGGUGGGAUCGAGGUCUUUGAAGACAAAGCUGUCCGGAAGUAAUUUUCCAUGGCCUCGCUAAACUCCUCCCACACCUGAGUUUUUACCUCGACGACCGCCGAAGCCGCAUUCCAACAUACCAUCAACGCUGUCCACCAGCGGGUUCGGGGAUUGCUGCCACAACAGGCCACAGCUCCAGUCAGCCGCCUCCACAAUGGAGGCAUGGAACAAGGCCCAUUCGUACUAGUCAGUCCCCUGCGUCCUCCAGGACAUGGGAGAAGCUCUGCUGGAGAUGGGAGCUGAAUCUUCUCCUGACAUUGCAUACUUAAAAUAAAGUUUUCUUUUUCAUAUUA